AUGGCCAAGUUUAGGUUCGUAAAGAAGAAACAGCUAAACCCAGAUAACCCAAAUCAGCAACAAAACCAACUGCAAGAGCAGCAGAAACAGCAGCAGAAACAGCAGCACCAACAGGAACUUUUCUCGAAAAAACGAAAGUCAAGAAUAAGAUCAUCAGCUGCUUCAUCAGGUGCUUCAGCAACAAGUUCAAUUGGAGAAACAGCAAACUCGCCUGCUCAUUUACACCUGAAACUCUUUAGUUCUAAAAGAUUUGGAAAAAGUGUUAACAACAACAACAACAACAGCAAUAACGAAGUUAACAGCUACCAAGAAACCAUGCCACUGAUUCAUGAACCAUUGACUCGUCAACAGCAGCAGCAGCAGGCACUAUACGGAGAGAAGCCUUACGGAGAAGCUGCAUUUGGAGCUACUAUACCUUACAAAUCUCGUCCUCCACCAAACUUGAAUGUCAUGAAUCCUUGGAAUAGGUUCAAAAUAUUCAACUCUCCAUUCCCUCGGUACAGGCAUGCCGCAUCUUCAAUUUCAAGCGAGAAGAAUGAAAUCUUCAUAAUGGGUGGAUUAAAAGAAGGUUCGGUGUUUGGAGAUACUUGGAAAAUUAUACCGCAAGAAGGUGGUCAAGGUGAGGUGUUGAACUAUGUUGCUGAAAAUAUCGAAAUUUUAAACAGCAACAAUAACCCGCCUGCAAGAGUAGGCCAUUCUUCUGUAUUAUGUGGUAACGCAUUUAUCAUUUAUGGAGGAGAUACUGUGGAGACCGAUGAGAAUGGCUUCCCUGAUAACAAUUUUUACUUGUUCAACAUCAACAACAACAAAUAUACUAUUCCAGGCCAUAUUCAAAAUAAACCUAAUGGUAGAUAUGGACACACUUUGGGGGUAAUAUCAUUAAACAACCAAUCGUCUCGGCUUUACUUAUUUGGAGGUCAAUUGGAGAAUGACGUAUUUAAUGACUUGUACUAUUUUGAAUUGAAUUCAUUCAAAUCGCCUAAAGCAAGUUGGAAACUAGUUGAGCCAAAAUACAACUUUAAGCCACCUCCUUUGACUAAUCAUUCAAUGUCAAUCUACAAUAAUAAGAUUUAUGUAUUUGGUGGUGUUUACAACAAUGAAAAAGUUUCAAACGAUUUGUGGGUUUUUGAUGCAGAAGAAGAGAAAUGGACUCAAGUUGAAACAAGCGGUACUGUGCCAUUACCGGUGAAUGAACAUUCAAGUUGCAUCGUUGACGAUAGAUUAUAUAUCUAUGGUGGUAAUGAUUUCAGUGGCAUCAUCUAUAGUUCAUUGUACUAUUUAGAUUUAAACACAUUGGUGUGGUUUAAGUUACUUGAGAGUGCUGAAGAAAAUGGACCGGGUCCAAGGUGUGGUCAUUCAAUGACCUACUUGCCAAAAUACAACAAACUCAUUGUUAUGGGCGGCGAUAAGAAUGAUUAUAUUGUGAGCGAUCCACAUAACUUUGACACUUAUGAGACAUUUAAUGGUGAAGAAAUUGGUACCAUGAUUUAUGAGUUGGAUGCUGGUAUAGUUGACCAUUUCAUGUCUGCGCCAGUUGAGCAAGUCAAAAAACCAAGGAAAAUCGCUGCAUCUGCAUCUGCAACAGCAGCAGCAGCAACAACAACAACAGGAGGAAAGCCAGAAGAUGGGUUUGACAAUAGAUAUGGUCGUCAUGCAAGGAGUUAUUCUGCUGGUCCAGAAGACUAUGCAACGCCAUUAGCUUCAACAUCACCAGAAAGAGCUGAAAAUGAGAUGGUCAAUACCUCUGCAGUUAACGAACACGAUUUUGUUGAGGUUGAUGUACCCUCCGGUACUAUAUCACAAUUUGAUCACGAAGAUUUGGCACAUGUAUACCAAACUGAAGCCACCACACCUCACGAUACUCCAAUAGUUGGUGGUCACAUGAAUGGUCACUUUGAUACGCAACAACAUGAAGAAGAGGAACAGGAACAGGAACAGGAACAGGAAGCAAAGAAACAAGAUAUAGAAGAACAAGAAAACAUAUAUGCAAAGAGAAGAUCACUAGACCCAAAAGCUGGAGAACCUGCUGACACACUGGUGACAAAUGUUGGAGUUUCAGGGGCUGGAGUAGCUGCUGCUUUUGCUGCGGCUGGUGCAGCCUCGGCUAAGAAACACGAUGUUGCUGAUGCCGCCGAGGCAGCACCUGUUGCACCCGUUGCACCUGUUGAAGAGCCUUCAAAAUCAAACUUUGUGGAUCAAAGUUAUGGACCAGAAACAUCUCAUUAUCCAGAAGAGACAUCUCGCUAUCCUGAAGAAUAUAGCGAGGAUGCUAAUUAUCUGCAAAGGUCUACUAUUACUGAGCCACUUCAAACAAGGAAGUCCAGUGUUAGCAAAAGGGAGACCUCUUUGAAGGCAGUUACACCUUCUCCUACUUCUUCUGUCCAAGAGACUGACAAAAAAGCCAAAAAGAUUAUUGUAGAGUUGACCAAUGAAUUGGCACAGCUCAAACAGUCAACAAAGGAACAGAUGCAAAAGGCUACUGAAAGAAUUGAAGGUCUUGAAAAGCAACAUUCCAGCACAAAGGCAUUGCAUCAACAAGAUGUUGACAAUUACAUCAAGGAGCUCCAUGAACGGGAUGCGAUGAUUAAUGAAUUAAAAUCAACAUUGGACCCUAGUGCAUGGGACCCAGAACAACCAGCGCCUUCCUCGAAGAUCUCUGACUUGAAUAGAUACAAGCUUGAGAGAUUGGAGUUGAAAAACAAGUUAGUUUAUUUGGAACAAGAGAACAAGAGUCUCAAGGCUAAAUUUGAAGAUUUUGAACCAUUUAUGAAUAAUCAUAUUGGACAAUUGGAUAAAUUGCAAAAAGUAAUCAAAUUACAAGAAGAUCAGAUUGAAAAACUAAGCCACCAAGUGAAGGAUCAAGAGAGUUUGAACAAGGAGAUUAACGAAUGGAAAACUAAAUAUGAUAACUUAAACUUGAAGUUUGAGAAUUACAAAGCCAUUUACAACGAUGAUGAAAUAAGUGCAAAUGAAGAGGAAGAAGAAGAAGAAAAUGAGUUGGAUGACGAAGGGUAUAGCACGCCGCGUAAUGGAGGUAAUGGUAAUGGUAACGGUAAUGGAGGAGACAAUAGGUCUAUUCUCAGCAGUGCAAGAUCCAAAAGAGAAAUCUCUUCCCAAUUGGGCAAUUUAGUCAAUUUGUGGAGCAUGAAGCAACAGUCUGCUAAAGCAAAUGUUGAAGAGAAAGAAGCAAUGUUGUUGGCAACCCCUGAGAACAAUCCUGUUGUAGCUAGGUUACAACAACAAGUUGAUGAGUUAUUAGCCAUUAGCAAACAAAAUGAGGAGUCCUCAUCUCUAGAAAUUGAACUACUUCGUAAAGAGCUUGAUUCAAAGUUGAAAACCUUGCAUACUUUGGAAGAAAAUUACAAAGAAUCACUUCAAUCGGUUAACAAUACUUCAAAAGCUUUAAAGCUCAACCAGGAUGAAUUAUAUUUCCAGCGUCAAUCAUUAGAAAAACUAAUGAAGGAAAACAGAGAGUUGAAGAUGUACAAACGUGCAAGCACGAAAAAGGUCAGUUCAAAAGAUGGAACACCUCUGUUUAAUGAUUACGAUGAAGCAAGAGGUUUCUCGCCUGAAAAUGAAGAGGUUGAAGUUGAAGAAGAAGACGAGGAAGUGAUUUCUAACGCACAUUAUCAUAUGAAGAUUAAAGAUCUUGAAGCCGAUUUGUAUAUACUCAAACAAGAAAGAGACCAGUUAAAGGACAAUGUUACUACAUUGCAGAAACAAUUGUACUUGUCAAAUAAACAGGAUUAA